UCAGAGGUCGUAGACCUACGGCGUCUGAAACAACAAGCUCGACUCAACAUGAUGUACGACUCAUUCCUCAUUUGCCUGGACAUGUUGGCAUUUUGACUUUUAAGACAAAAAGGUCUUAGUUAACCACUGUUUGUCCCCACACAAACGAGAAGAAGAAAAAUGUAUUCUUCUCUGCGUGUGCGCACGUCUGUAUGCAGAUGAGCGUCAACAAUGAACUUAGUAAAUGUCCGCAAGUUUAAGGACCCCCGGCCUCCUCAUUAUUUCUGCGCCUUGAAGUUCAUUGAAAAGCGACAUUGUUUCUUUAAGGUUGCACUCGCAGUCAUCGGCGGGUCUGUCCAUUGUUGGGGGGAACAGAACAGCGAGUUGAGAUUGAUAUACGGGGGCCGGAGACAAGUUGCGCAUAUCAUCAGCGGACCAGCUGCAGUGCAGGCAGCGAGACAGUAGCUCAAAGUCCUUGAACGCAUCUUCCAGACAUGGGUUGCUAUGAGUGCUGUAUGCGGUGUUUGGGUGGGGUGCCAUACUGCUCCCUUGUUGCCACACUUCUCUGCUUCUCUGGCAUUGCCCUCUUCUGUGGUUGUGGGCACCAGGCUCUCACAGAGACAGAGAGGCUCAUCGAGACAUACUUUGCACGUAACCUUCAGGACUACAUAACCCUAGCCUACAUCAUUCAAUAUUUCCAGUAUGUCAUCUAUGGUUUGGCCUCCUUUUUCUUCCUUUACUGUAUUGUGCUUUUGGCUGAGGGCUUCUACACUACGAGCGCUGCAAGGCAAACCUUUGGAGAGUUCAGGAGCACCAUGUGCGGCCGCUGCCUCAGCUCCUCGUUUAUAGUGAUGACGUAUGUGCUCGCUGUGCUGUGGCUGCUGGUGUUUGCCUUCUCGGCAUUGCCAGUCUACUUCUUCUACAACAUGGACGCUACCUGCCACACUAUUGAUAUUCUGACUGAGACCCCAGCAAGUAUCAACCAGCUUUGUGUUGAUGCAAGACAGUACGGACUCUUGCCAUGGAAUGCAGUACCAGGGAAAGCUUGUGGUAUGACCCUGUCCAAUGUCUGCAAGACAAGAGAAUACCGCAUGACCUACGAUCUCUACAUUGCUGCCUUUGCCGGCGCUGGCAUCAUGCUCCUGGCUCUGCUGACCUAUACUGUGUCAACCACCUAUAACUUUGCCGUUCUGCGGUAUCUGGGGAGAAAGGGCAUAGGUGCACGGUGUUAGGACCCAGCUUUCCUGUCUUUUCUGGCUUCACCACGAACAUGGGAGUUUAAAUCGAUGGCAACUCUUCUUUUUUAUCUGAUGUGCACACUACUACGUCUGCUCCUGGACUUUUUUUUCUAAACUUGUUAUAUUUUUACUUUUCUUAUUAUAAGGAAGUUUUUUUAGAUGUUUUUUUUUUUUUUUUUUGUGGGUGUAAUUUCUGCUUUGAAAUCGUACUUUCAUUUUUUCUGAUGUUUUUCAAUCUGUGCCAAAAUAUUUGUGAGUUAUUGCUCUUGUCACUUGCCAAGUUAAAUGUUUGAAAUGAAUUUCUGCCUCCCGCUGUACUCACAAAUAACACGACGUUAACAAAUUACCAUAUGUAUUAAAUGACCACUAAAUUGGAAGAUGUGGAGGUAGUUUGCAGCUGUUAAUAAGAAUUGGGGAGUAGAGGUUACUAUGGCUACCAACCAUCACAUCUGGCAGCCAUGGUAGCAGACAAGCAUCCACUUGCGGUCUUAUGCUGACCUCCUGGACUUUUCUCACGGGCCAGAGAAAAGCUCCAACAAUGGAGUCAUGUCUUUUUUAAAAGCUAACCAAUAAGAAGCCAGUUCUGGGGCCACCUGCACCAUUACUCUCUGCCAGGGGUUAUAUUGCAUGUCAAGGGAGAGGGUCCUCUGGACAAAGAGAGGGUUAGACCUCUCCACAGCUACAAUGUAGCUCUUCUGGGACAGCAACAACACACACAUACAACUCGUCCACAUGCUGCUGCAUGGACCCCACCCCCAACACCAACACCAUGUAAAAUGGAUUCAUGGUGAAGGGACAAAGGGAAUUUUAUUUUGAAUAGUUUCUUAUUGACAAAGGGACAUUUUGUUUUUGUUUAGAUCUAGUGAGGUCUGAAAUUGUUUCUCAUAAUGUUGAGAUGGCAGAAGCACUAGGUGCUUAUACUUGAAGUAACCGCAUAAUAUAAGCCCAAAACUACUUUGUUGAGGUGUGAUACCCCCUGCUGGUAAUGAAUGGCUGAGGUACUUAAAUAGAAAAAGGACAGCUUUGUUUUGUGUCUAAUUCUUUAGGGAUUUUGUUGUAGUUAUUGUAUAACACACUUUUUUCACUUAAUGUAGCUAAAUUAAUUUUUAUUUUUUUUUCAUUUGGAUAUUUCUAACAAAACCUUCUUUUGCAUCCUAAAAAGUAGAUUUAGUGGAAGCUUAGCAUAGCUUCUAAUAUUGGAUUUGUCAGGUUGCAGCAGUUUUUUUUCAUAUGUUGGGACUAUUUAAUAAAAAAAAAAAAGAAUGCUUUGAACUGUUUGUACACAUGGCUUCUGAAAACAUUUGUUUGUAGCCUUUAUGAGACCUCAGUGUCUGGUGUAUUAUCAGGAUGUGAAGCUGGUGGUUCAUCCUUGGCUUGUUGCCACAUUAGGAGGCCAAGGUGUUUUGUAAGGUGUUUUGUAUUCUCUCCUCCUGUGU